ACCUCUGCUCUCGUACCGUGAGAACCUCGCUCGCUUCGUUGAGAAAACGUAGAACGUAUCGUAUUCGUAUCGCCCGUUGUAAUGGCUCGUACCAAGCAGACUGCUCGUAAAUCUACCGGUGGUAAGGCACCGCGUAAGCAGCUAGCCACGAAGGCAGCUCGGAAAAGCGCCCCAGCCACAGGAGGUGUGAAGAAGCCUCAUCGCUACCGACCGGGAACCGUUGCUCUGCGUGAAAUUCGUCGCUAUCAGAAGUCGACCGAAUUACUGAUCCGCAAGCUUCCGUUCCAGCGUUUGGUUCGCGAAAUUGCCCAAGACUUCAAAACCGACUUGCGCUUCCAAAGUUCCGCCGUUAUGGCACUGCAGGAGGCAAGCGAGGCAUAUUUGGUCGGCCUUUUCGAAGAUACCAACUUGUGUGCUAUUCACGCAAAACGCGUCACCAUUAUGCCAAAGGACAUCCAGCUAGCACGUCGUAUCCGAGGAGAACGCGCUUAAACGAGCCAUUUUUUUAAAAAUACAUACAAAAAAUUAACAUCGGUCCUUUUCAGGACCACUACUCCUAUUUCUGCGAAGAGAGUUACGCAUAAAAGUUUUCUCCAACAGAAUAGUUAGAGUUUGUCCCCAAGGGUUUUUUUUUUUUCUCAAGGCCAGAAACGGCAACUCCCUGGACAAGAACGACAGAGGUUCAUGAAUGAAUCUGCCCGGAUACUACCCUAGACGUGAAAUUUGACAAUGUGUUGACAACAGUGUUUUUGUAAAUAGUAGACUAAGAUGUUUGGUCAAGUAGGUAGAUUUAUCAAUUGACAUGCACAGAGCUUUGCAUCGACGAAAACAACACAUGCGCAUGCGCGGGACGGCCUCUUCUUCAUCCAUCGCCGACUUCCAAAGUGUAUUCGUUGCUCAGGACCAAGCAGCAAGCGCCUGUACAGACACGUGCAUUCCGCAGAGCCUAGUUCCCCUUUGACAUUCAGAAGCCCGGGGGCAGGUGAAUAUUUUGCCUAGUUUCGCCCAGUUAAGAAGUGAGAUAAGUAUGUAGGA